AUGUUUCUUUGUUUAUAUUUUGCCAAUACUAUUAUACCAUUAUCCAAUGAACAAUUAAUGAUAAUAAAUAAAGGUUUGAAAUUUAUUCCACCGUGUCAAAGUCAUUUCUUAUCGAAUAAACCAAUUGAAAAAAUUAUUGAACGAGAAUAUAAGCGACUUUACGAUGAAAAUGUUAAAAACCUUACAGAUUACACUUUUCCAACUACUGAUACAAGAGCUAAAGAAUAUUUUCUUGCAAUUAAAACUUUACUUAAACAACUUUAUAUGAAACCCAUACCAAACAAAAUUGCAAGACAUGCUCGAUAUUUAAGUCGUAUGAUAAAAUCAAUGCAACGACAAUUACGUAAAGCAAAUAUUACUGUUGGACAAACUGAUAAAAGUAAAUUAUUUUUUUUUAUUGAUGCACAAGAAUAUGAAGAAAAAAUUAAGAAUUACAUGAAUAAAACUAAUGCAUAUCAAGAAAUCACCAGUGGUAUUUGCCCGCUAGCUGAUAAUUUACAUUUGGUAAUAUUAUUACUUGAUCAUUUACUCGAACGGAAGGAUAUUACCAAUGAACAAUAUAAAAAAAUGUAUCCUAACUUAAAAACAUUAGAAUUGGCUCAUAUUUAUUUCAACCUGAAAGUUCAUAAGCCUGAUAUAUCAGUUCGACCUAUUGUUGCUUCUAUCAAUGCACCAGCAAGACUUGUAUCAAGUUUUUUAGAUCAACUUCUCACUCCAAUAUAUAAUUAUGUGACGAAAGACAUUACAUUUAUUAAUGGUAUAGAUGUUGUUCGAAAAUUAAAAGAAUAUCAACAACAAGGUUAUCUGACGUCAACAACACUAUUUGUUAUAUUUGAUGUCGCUGAUUUAUAUACAAUGAUCCCACGUGAUGGUGCUAUUGCUGCUUUAACACGAUUUUGUGAAAACAAUGCCAUUAAUGGAAAAAUUGGCAUACUUAAAAUAAGUACUAUUAUUCAAUUAGCAUGUGUCGUUUUAGAUACCAAUACAUUUGCAUAUAAAGAUAAGUAUUAUAGACAAAUUAAAGGUGGUGCUAUGGGUUCACCUUUUACUAUGGUAUUAGCCAAUAUUUAUAUGUUAGAAUGGGAACAAAAAUUAAUUCAACAUCAAAAACUACACAAUGGAAUUUAUGGCCGAUAUAUAGAUGAUGUAUUUAUGACAAGUAAUUUAACGAAAGAAGAAAUUCUAAAAUUACUUGAUGAAACAACUGAAACAGAUUCGAAUAUUAAAAUUACAACUACAAUUAGUCAAUCAUUAGAUUAUCUCGAUGUUACAAUAGAAAAUAACAAUGGCGAUUUAAAAACUUCUAUCUAUCAUAAAUCAGCUUCUGAACCUUAUAUUCUACCGUAUUCAUCGGAUCAUCCACGACAUGUUCAUAUGAAUAUAUUAAACAAUGCAUUAGUUCGAGCAGCUCGAAUAUGUUCCACUGUUGAAGACUUUGACAUGGAACGAUUAAGUACUGAAAUGAUACUAUUAGUGAAUGGUUAUCCACCAAAAUUUAUACAACAACAUAUGAAAAACUUCUUUAUCAAAUAUAAUGCGAUGAAUAUUUGGACUGAAUUAAAUACUGAAUCGUAUCAACAACUACAUCAUGAAUUACUUUAUAGACCCACAAGACGCGAACAAAAAGUUCAACUUGAAACAAAUGGUACAUCUUUUAAAAAGCCGACGAAUUAUGAACGCAAAGAUCAAAUAUAUUUGCAUUACACAUUCGAAAGUGGCCCAUUAAAAAAUUUUAAAAAAGAAUAUCGUCAAAUUUGGGAAAAAUACUAUGUCUAUCCAGGUUCACGUUUAAGAAAUACAAGAUUGAUUCUCGGUACCACAUUAAAUCGAACAUUACAAAGUCUUUUAAUUCACAAGAAACCCAAACGAGAUAUAUUGACAAAAAUGGAAUGUACAACACAAGCAGCUUCUCGAACAAUUCACCAGCCGUUACCUCACUAA